UGGGCUGUCAGUGUUGACUGACAGGCGCACACAUACACACUCGGCCACGCGCGCACCGCCCUGCCCCACUCGCGCAGCGCGGGCCUCCGCCGGCCGCAUUGUCCGCUCUCCGACCCCGCGCCGUCCCGCGCCUCCGCUCCGCGCGCGUCUCGGCCCCAGCCCCGGGCCCGGCCCGGCCCAGCGUGCGGCGCCGCCCGGGGGACUCCGACGCGGGAAGAGCCACGCAAGUCUGUCUUCAGGAGAACAGUGCCCACCCCGCCGCAUCAUGUCAAGACGAAGCCAGCGCCUCACGCGCUACUCUCAGGAUGACAACGAUGGCGGCAGCAGCAGCAGCGGUGCAAGCUCUGUGGCAGGAAGCCAGAGCACCGUGUUUAAAGACAGCCCUCUCAGGACUUUGAAGAGGAAAUCCAGCAACAUGAAGCGCCUGUCCCCAGCUCCACAGCUGGGCCCCUCCUCUGACUCCCACACCUCCUACUACAGCGAGUCUGUGGUUCGAGAGUCCUACAUAGGCAGCCCCCGGGCUGUGUCCCUGGCCAGGAGUGCCCUCCUGGAUGACCACCUACACAGUGAGCCCUACUGGAGUGGGGACCUUCGGGGGAGGAGGAGGAGAGGAACAGGUGGAUCUGAGAACAGCAAGGCCAAUGGGCUCACCACGGAGAGCAAGGCCUCAGAGGACUUUUUCGGCUCUUCCUCGGGCUAUUCUUCAGAGGAUGACCUAGCGGGCUACACGGACUCAGAGCAGCACAGCUCAGGGUCAGGGUUAAGGAGCGCAGCAUCUCGGGCCGGCUCCUUUGUCUGGACUCUGGUCACUUUUCCAGGUCGCCUCUUUGGUCUUCUCUAUUGGUGGGUUGGCACCACCUGGUACCGCCUGACAACUGCUGCCUCCCUCCUGGAUGUCUUCGUCCUAACCAGGUCCAGGCACUUCUCGCUGAACCUGAAGAGUUUUCUGUGGUUCCUUCUGCUCUUGCUACUCCUGACUGGUCUGACCUACGGUGCUUGGCAUUUUUACCCGUUAGGGCUGCAGACAUUGCAACCCGCUGUGGCCUCCUGGUGGGCAGCAAAGGAGAACAGGAGGCAGCCGGAGAUGUGGGAAUCCAGAGAUGCCUCUCCACACUUGCAGGCUGAGCAGCGUAUUCUCUCCCGGGUUCACUCUCUGGAGCGGCGCCUGGAAGCUCUUGCUGCUGAGUUUUCCUCCAACUGGCAGAAGGAGGCCAUACGGCUGGAACGCUUGGAGCUGCGGCAGGGGGCUGCUGGCCAUGGAGAAGGCAGUAGCCUGAGCCAUGAAGAUACCCUGUCUCUCCUAGAAGGCUUGGUGAGCCGCCGUGAGGCUGCCCUGAAGGAGGACUUGCGCAGGGACACAGCGGCUCAUAUCCAGGAAGAAUUGGCUACCCUGAGGACAGAGCAUCACCAAGACUCAGAAGACCUCUUCAAGAAGAUUGUCCAGGUCUCUCAGGAGUCUGAAGCCCGUGUCCAGCAGCUGAAGACAGAUUGGCAAAGCAUGACCCAGGAGGCCUUCCAGGAGAGCUCUGCGAAGGAGCUGGGAAGGCUGGAGGCCCAACUGGCCAGCCUGCGGCAGGAGCUAGCUGCCCUGACUCUGAAGCAGAACUCCGUGGCAGCUGAAGUGGGCCUGCUGCCACAGAAGAUCCAGGCUUCCAGGGCUGAUGUGGAAUCCCAGUUCCCUGACUGGAUCAGUCAGUUCCUUCUUCGAGAUAGGGGUGCCCGCAGCGGGCUCCUGCAGAGGGACGAGAUGCAUGCUCAGCUGCAGGAGUUGGAGAACAAGAUCCUUGCCAAGAUGGCUGAGAUGCAGGGCAAGUCAGCCAGGGAGGCUGCAGCUUCUCUAGGACAGACACUGCAGAACGAAGGCGUAGUUGGGGUGACGGAGGAGCAAGUGCACCGGAUCGUCAAGCUGGCCCUGCAGCGCUACAGUGAGGACCGGAUUGGAAUGGUGGACUAUGCCCUGGAAUCAGGAGGAGCCAGUGUUAUCAGCACCCGCUGCUCUGAGACUUACGAGACUAAGACGGCCCUUCUCAGCCUCUUUGGCAUCCCCCUGUGGUACCACUCCCAGUCACCUCGGGUCAUUCUGCAGCCAGAUGUGCACCCAGGCAACUGCUGGGCCUUCCAGGGGCCCCAGGGCUUCGCAGUGGUCCGCCUCUCUGCUCGUAUCCGCCCCACAGCUGUCACCUUAGAGCAUGUGCCCAAGGCCUUGUCACCCAACAGCACUAUCUCCAGUGCUCCCAAGGACUUUGCCAUCUUUGGCUUCGAUGAAGAUCUGCAGCAGGAAGGGACGCUUCUUGGCACAUUUGCUUAUGACCAGGAUGGGGAGCCCAUCCAGACCUUCUAUUUCCAGGCCUCUAAGAUGGCCACCUACCAAGUUGUGGAGCUUCGGAUCCUGACCAACUGGGGCCACCCUGAGUACACGUGUAUCUACCGCUUCCGGGUGCACGGAGAGCCUGCCCACUAGUCUCUUGAGAUCUUGUGCCUGCUGCUAGCCACGUGGGAAGCUCAUGGUUCCCAGCAUCUACCCCUGCUCUGAAAAUAGGUGCACAGCACCCACCGCUGCCUGCACAUGCUUCUUAGUGCUGACUUCCAGAUCAAGAACAAAGAGGCAGCAUGUAGGACUCCCUGCAUAAGCCAAGCAGCUUGAGAGUGCCAACAGGCUCCUAUGCCUCUCUUAAUCUUACCCCCUAGAGCUAGGCGCCUACCAGGGUGUAUAUAUGUAGCAUACUUUGGGGGACUGCGAGUCAGGAAGUGAGGUGGAGGGACUGGCACCGGUGAACUCCUGAUAGGUGCCAAAGCCAUGGGCAUACCAAGCCAGAGCCCCAGGGAUAAGCUGGGGUGUCUUGUGGCCUUUUAGGACAGUGCUUAGCAUGAUGCAGCUGAGACUGUCCCUGGCAGGUGCCUGGUAAAGGACUCAGAGGCUGCUGUGCUCUUCCAGCAUGGAAGGUGCCAUGGCCCAUAGGAGCCCUGGGGUUUCUAGCAAACGGGAGGAAACCAGCUCCUGUGUGCCUCUGAGGACUGCUCUCUGUGCCAACCCAAGAGAUUUCCAGUGCUGGGGACCACUGCUUUUUCUUCUGAUGUGGGGUGAGGGUCCCUUCUGUUUUCCAUUCCUGCUGCACCCUGCCUGUGCUCCACAGCCAGCUUUCCAUCCCCCAGGGAAGGACCUAGCCCUGUCUUUGGGGGCUAUUCUGCAGGGUCAUCUAGAGGAGAGGGGAGAGGACUUUGGGGAUUCUCCUGACCCAGUGCCAAUAGCCACAGUGUGGCUCAUAAUAUCAGGUUAGAGGGGCUGUACUCGCCCACCCCAUUUAGAGUGGUCCUGCCCGCUCUAAAGCAACGCCCUUGGGCUCUCAGCUCUUGCUUAGAUUGCUUCCUUUCUGGUCUCUAUGGUGGCAGUUGGAUGGGGGCUGAGAGGGAGGGAGGAAGGCAGGCAGAAGUCACCUGUGUGGGGAGGAGGAAGGCUUUUAGACUGAACGGCCCUGCUGUAUUAUAUAUAGAAUUCUCAAGGUCUGUUUUUCUUUUGUUGCUUUGUUUUUAACUGAAAAAGCUACAGGCUUGAUUUCUAGCCCCAUUCUGAGGGGCAUCAGCUGUUACCCAGUUUCUAGUUCCUGGCUCUAUGAGGGGCUUGGUCUUGCCUGGUCUAUGGAAGGGGCCAGGAGGAGCUGCUAGGCAGGGGCAGGCAGGGGCAAGCAGAGGCCCGGUUAAGUGUUCUGGUGAAAUGGCAACCUGUACAGCCCUGCCUCAGGGCUUGUUUUGUGUUUCCUGUCAAAAAUGCUGCACUGUCGAUACUUUCAAAACAAAACAAAACAAACCUCUCCAGACUCUAAUUUAUGCCUAUGCAAAAAAUAAAGGAUGCCCAGGAUCAAUGGA